CUAACAGCUUCCGGUCACCAUCCUUCUCCCCUCCACUGCAUAGUUUCCUUACCACGGCAGUUCAUCCCAUCUGUUUCUGUGCGGGAGGAUGCAAGAACAAUGUAAAUUAUUUGCGCGAGUUAGUUUAGGUCUCUGAUUGACGAUGAUAGCACAAUACGCUGCCGCUGCUCAUGUCCCCCUGAUAAAGUCUCCAAGUCUUCGAGUACCUCGACCCGUCGAACUACCCCAGGAUAUACACCCUCUGCCUGAUUCUGUGACAGCUUAUUUUGUAUACCCAUUCACACUCGAACCGCACAUUCUCACCGUCGAGUCUUCACGUCGAACAACACUCGCUGCCCAUACCGCACGUCGUGAAGGAUUUCUUCGGGCGCGGGAUGACGAGAAGGAACGGCGUAAGCGCGAGGCGCUGCGGAAGAUUGCUCCCGGCUUCGAACCAGCCGGAUCAGUCCUGGUGCCUACGAAGACAGGUUCUGUUAGUAACCCGCCCUCUUACUCUACCCCUGACCCUGGGCCUGAGCGGCCAAGUAGUGGUCACCAACAAUCCAAGUCAGUCAUGGACGAUCUGGUAGAUCAGUUAGCCGCCCUCGAUUCCAAAGACGACUCCCAGUCAACGUAGCGUAUCAUCUAAGAUACAGAGAAUUUUAUUGUAAUUGGAGUUGGUGCUAGUUACACGGACUAUCGUGAAUAUCAUUUAUGAUUAUUCACGUUUUCCGUAAUUUGUACAUCUAUUGUAUAGGGUACUGGUAGUCCCUCUAUAAACAACCAAUAAAUCAUCAAGAAAAACGACACAUGAGGUGUCACAGAAGGAGACGAAAGGAAAGUUACACGACAUCAGACUUUGUCGUAGGAAUCGGAGUAAUCGUCGCUACCGGUUACUCUAUUUGUCCUUAGAUCAGAAGCAUCCUUCAUCCGGCCGCUAUCCUCCAG